UUGCUAAAAAUAACACAUUAAAAUGGCAUCACAUACUUAUAAUUUAUUGUUUUGUUUCAAUUGGUAUUUUAAUAAUGUUGGGUACAAUUAUCGAUUGGCAAUUUGGAUCAUUAGUUUCAUCAAACAAAUGGAUUCAAUUAUUGGUUGCAUUUUCAUUGUACACAAAUACACGACAAUUACUAACAGUAGGAAAACAGCCGAUAAAUACAAUCACUUGUUUUAAUGGUUUACGUGUUAUUUGUUUAUUAAUUAUAAUAUUUAGUCAUAUUAUUGAUACAUCGCACUCAUUUGUAAUGAAUGUAAAUGAGGUCUUUAGAUUGCAGUCGUCUUUUAUGAUGCAAUUUGUAACAAAUGUCGAGCUAUGGGUCGAUAUAUUUUUAUUAUUAUCAGGAUUUCUGUGCGCAUACAGUGUUAUCAAUGAUACAAAACAAACAACAAUUAGUAAAUAUGUCGGAAAUAUCUUUAGAAAAAUAAUUCAUCGCUAUAUUAGACUUACGCCAUCAUUGCUGGCAAUGAUUGGAUUUUCCAAAUUAUUGGAAGUUAUGGCUUCGGGUCCGCUUUGGUUUCAAUACUUAUAUCAGUCACAAUCAACCAGUUGGUGGACUAAUUUAAUUUAUUUAAAUAAUAUUAUUCAAAGUGGACAAACAGAUAUUUAUUCAUGUAUAAGUCAUACGUGGUAUUUGGCAGUAGAUAUGCAAAUGUUUAUAGUGUCAAACAUUUUCAUAAUAUUAUUGGCAUUCAAUGAUAUUAGAAAACAAUAUUUAGGUAUAGCUAUAAAUAUUGGUCUUAUUUUAGUAGCAUGGACAGCUAUUGCUAUCAAAAUUAUUUUUUAUGGAUAUCCGCCAACUGAUUUCAAAUAUAUGAACACUGCACCAAUUUUUAACGAAAUAUUUUUUUCGACAUAUUGUCGUUUACCUCCAUAUUGUGUCGGCAUAUUAAUGGCUUAUAUUUAUAAUAAAUUUGGCAAAAUUAAUAUCAAAUGGCAAAUAAAUAUAUUAUUAUGGAUAUUAUGUAUUGGCAUAAAUGUUGCGAUAGUUUCCACAACAUAUUUCUGGUAUUUGGGUUACAGUUAUAAUAACUUUCUAAGUGUAUUAUAUGGUUCAACUCAUCGUACUGUUUGGGCUAUCUGUUGGUCAUAUAUGUUGUAUGCCUGUGCCACAGGACAGGGAGGUAUUGUCAAUCGAGUACUUUCAUGGCCAGCAUUGGUACCAUUGAGUCGACUAUCAUUUCAUACCUAUCUAUUUCAUUAUCCAUUAUUAUUAUUGAUUACAUUCAGUGCACGACAGCCAACAUAUUUGGAUCCACUUAAUCUGGUAAUCAUUUGUUAA